GUCCUACGAUCGUGUGCAAAAGUUUCAUAUAUCAAGAGAUUCGUUAUAACAUCUUCUAUGGCUGCAGUUGCAUUCAAUAGAGAGUUGAAGAAGGAUGCAGUAGUUGAUGAAAGUUGGUUUUCUGAUCCACGAUUCUGUGAAGAGCAGAAGUUUUGGUAUGUACUUUCAAAAACCUUGGCAGAGGAUGCUGCAUGGAAAUUCGCAAAGGAGCAAGGCAUCAACAUAAUAACAAUCAAUCCAGGAUUUGUCAUUGGUCCUUUCUUGCAGCCAUCUAUUAAUCUGAGUGUAGAAAUGGUCCUCAACCUAGUAAAUGGGGCUGAGUCAUUUCCUGAUGGAACGCAUAGAUGGGUUGAUGUUAGAGAUGUCGCCUAUGCACAUAUUCUAGCCUUUGAAGUCCCUUCUGCAAGUGGAAGAUAUUGCCUGGUUGGGAGAUCUGCCCAUGCCUCUCAGGUUGUCAGAUAACAGCAGCCUUAUUAUUUCAGACUGUACAAUAUCCAAUGACAAGGCAAAGAAUUUGGGAGUUCACUUUAUCCCUUUGGAGGUCAGCUUGAAAGAUACGGUUGAGAGCUUCAGGGAGAAGAAUUAGUUAGUAUCUAAGCCUAUUGUAUUCAAAUUACUAUUAAAUAAAUGUGAAACAUCAUCCUUUGUUUCAAAGUGAUAAAA